UCGCGCCCGCCCGCAGCCCCCGGACGGAGGACAGUGCCGGCCGCCCGGAUCGCAAAGGGACCUCAAUUCCUUCCUGUGGACUAUUCGACGUGACCCCCCGGCCUACUUGUUUGGCACCAUCCACGUCCCCUACACACGCGUCUGGGACUUCAUCCCGGACAACUCCAAGGCAGCCUUCGAGGCCAGUGCCCGCGUCUACUUUGAGUUGGACCUGACAGACCCCUACACCAUCUCUGCGCUGGCCAGCUGCCAGCUGCUGCCCCAUGGGGAGAACCUGCAGGAUGUGCUGCCCCGGGAACUCUACUGGCGCCUGAAGCGCCACCUGGACUAUGUGAAGCUGAUGAUGCCCUCGUGGAUGACGCCUGCACAGCGGGGCAAGGGGCUCUACGCGGACUACCUGUUCAACGCCAUCGCAGGCAACUGGGAGCGCAAGAGGCCUGUGUGGGUGAUGCUGAUGGUGAACUCGCUCACUGAGACUGACGUGCGUUCCCGGGGUGUGCCUGUGCUAGACCUCUACCUGGCGCAGCAGGCCGAGAAGAUGAAGAAGAGCACGGGGGCUGUGGAGCGGGUGGAGGAGCAGUGCCAUCCGCUCAAUGGGCUCAACUUCUCCCAGGUGCUGUUUGCCCUGAACCAGACCCUGCUGCAGCAUGAGAGCGUGCGGGCUGGGAGCCUGCAGGCACCCUACACCACGGAGGACCUCAUCAAGCACUACAACUGCGGGGACCUCAAUGCCGUCAUCUUCAACCACGACACAUCACAGCUGCCCAACUUUAUCAACACCACGCUCCCGCCGCAUGAGCAGGUGACAGCCCAGGAGAUCGACAGCUACUUCCGCCAGGAGCUCAUCUACAAGAGAAACGAGCGGAUGGGGAAGAGGGUCAUGGCGCUUCUUCAGGAGAAUGAGGACAAGAUCUGCUUCUUUGCCUUCGGAGCAGGUCACUUUCUGGGGAACAACACAGUCAUCGAUGUCCUUCGACAGGCAGGGCUGGAGGUGGAACACACACCCGCAGGGCAGACCAUCCACAGCCCUGCUGCCAGGAGUCCUGCACCCCCAUCCGAGAGGACCUCAGUGAGCCCAGCCCCAGUGACCCCAGCUGCUGCCGUCCCCACAGCGCCCUCUGUGACCCCCACCUCCCCGCCCGAAGAGGAGGACCCAGCACUGUCCCCACACCUCCUGCUCCCCGACAGCCUCAGCCAACUGGAGGAGUUUGGGCGGCAGAAGAAGUGGCACAAGAGACAGAAUAAACACCAGCGACCCCGGCAGUUCAAUGACCUCUGGGUCCGCAUCGAGGACAGCACCACCGCCUCGCCACCCCCGCUGCCCCUCCAGCCCACACACAGCUCCGGGACUGCCGGGUCCCCCUUCCAGCUCUCCAACCAGCUCCAGCAGCAGGAAGAGCCGGGGUCCGCCACCAGCUCAGCGCCUGCCCGCUCGCCACCGGCCCUGGGCCUCCUCCCUGCCGUCGUCGCUGCCAGCUUCGCAGCCCCCUUCCUGCUGCACACCCCCGGGCCCUCCUGACCUCGACUGCCCAUGCAGAGAAGCCAGAGAAACCGUAGGAGGGUCUGUGGCCACACCGCACUGCCCCUGCCACCACCCCCAGGGGUGCCUGACACCUCGGGGGCAGUCCAGACGGGAUCCGUUAGAACACUAGAGCUUUAUUGUACCCGAGUUACAUCUUCUUUUUUGUAGAAGGAUCUUAAUUUCCCAUAGUGCUAUGGGGCUCUUUUGUAAAAUACGUGUCCAUAUUAAAAAAGAAAAAUGUAUUUAUUCCAUCGAUAAAACUAUUUUUAUGUGACCUAUGUUAAUAACCCCUUAAUUAGCCCCAACGCCAACCCAGGAGGUGAACCCAGGCUGCCAGGACAUCUGCAACCUCAUGCGGACCGUGGCUGUGGACUGGCUUGCUCCUAGACCAGCAGAAGCCUCCAGUGUCUGGGUUUGGCUUCUCCCACCAUGGGGACCUCAGAGGGAGGGGCAAGCAGACAGGCUUAGCUUUUGUGAAGCUGGAUUUGGGAGCCAGAGAUGUGAAUGCUGACGGUCCUUCCCUCCCCUGGAUACAUCCUAGGGCUGGAAAGAUACUUUUGGAAAGAGAAUGCUGCUAUUUUGUAAACCCUGGGUGUCUGUGAACCAGCCUCCGGAGCUCUUGAGAUACUCUGAAGAGUCCUUCACUUUGCUGGGUGACCUUGGGCAAGUCCCUGCCCCUCUCCGAGCAUCCAUUUCCUCGUCUGUCAAACGGAGGCCUUGUUUCCUUUCUGGAGGGACGGGCAAAUGCUGUGUGCAAUCCAUGAAGAUGAGGCUCUGCCUCUCCCCAGGAUCAGUGCUCAGCUUUCCUCCCAGGACCCACAGGCAGGCCCCCACAGGAUUGGGAGCCUGUGGCAGGCAGGAGAGGUGACAGAGUAGCACACUUCAAAGGGCCCCUCCAUCCCAAACCCCACUAGAGGGAAAGUGUGCUUUGAAUGGGACCUUAGUCUAAGAAGUUUCCGGUGGGGCUUGCAGACAUCUUGGGCCCCCAUAGCUGGGGUGGCAGGGCCUGGCUCUUGGCCAAGGGAGAUUCUGGCCCAGAACAGAGGAAGCCAGAGCCCCUGCCCCAUUCCUGGGCCUCCAAGAGAUCGCAGAAAGUCCUCACCAGACUCUCACUGUGUGACACACGCUUCAGAUCUUAAUGUAUUUGAAAGUAUUCAUGAUGCUGUUCUUUCAAUCACCUCUUCCCCUCACCUCUGUGAAUUAUCAUGAAGAGUUCUUUAAGAAUAUAAUAGAAGACAAAGAAAGAUGCUAUUAAUGUUAUUUUGCCAAAAAUAUUUUUGUAGCAUAAUAUAUUAAUAAAAGACAUUAUGAAUUCAACAGGA